AUGUCGUGUAGCACUUCUCCUAAGCCUCUCUCAGGCACGCGCCAAGACGAACAAGUCAACCUCUCCGCCCUGCUCAAGGCCAAGCUACAAGGCAUACCAUCCUUCCAUACCCCCUCUCUCACACUGUCCGAUGUCCUUUGUCCAACAGUCCGAGCUUUGCACAUCCCUAACAUACCGCCUGACAUUCAACUUCCGUUCUUCCUCCGCAACCGACAUGUCAUCGAUCAAUAUGGCGGAAAGCCGGUAAAGGACGAGGCAAAGCAGACUAUGGACAUAACCCGGGCCAUCUGGUUUUGGAGACUGGAUGAAGCACGACAGUUUCAGCGCUUCCAUGACACCAUGAGGUGGAAUACUGCCAUGUUCAUUGCACUACUCACCCUUGACGAUUUGCAGACCCACUCCGGUCAUUCCAAGAGCAUGGAUAUGAGUAAGGAUAUGACCAAGAAAGGUCAUCACGAUACAACUGCCCCUCAGUCUAAAAACAUCCGCAUCAACAAUGCAGCUCACCGCUUCAUGAAACAGUAUCUUGCUGCUGUCCUAGAGCAUCACAACACGCCCACGCUCUUCGAUGCCCGUGAAAUCUUCAUCGUAACCUGGAAGAAUAGCGCCUUGGACCUGUACACUGGCUUCCGUGGCGCACAGAAGAAGUUAUUGAAGAACCUUAUGAAGAAGCUGACCAAGGAUUGGGGAAAGGAACUCGAUAUUGCAGAGAGUAAUAUGGAAAAGGAAGAAUAUCGCAUCAGGGUGGCCAAGUUCGCGGGGAGCCUGGUUCCGAGGAGAAGGGAAUAUGAUAUCCCUACUGGCACAAUACCAAAGCAAGAAGAGAGUGGGUAUAUCUACGGGACUGAUAGUCCACCUUGCAUACCCCGCAAGAGCCGAGAGGUUGAGAGGAAUGAACUGCUUGACGCUCUUCGUGUCCCGAUUACACCACAAACCAAGGAGAAGACAAGGGAUCAGAGGAGUGAGAACGACGGGCUCGAGGAGGAUGUGAACAUGGUCACAGAAUUGAGGAAUGCGAUUGAUGCUUUACAGAUGAUGAGACCGCAGGAUAUGCUCCCGGUACUGAUGCAUUUGUUUCCUGCCCCGGGGGUGGGACAAGCGGAUACUUAG